AUCUUUCUGAUCCACCUACAAUCCCGGUACAAUAUUAUUAAGAGAGACGUAACCGUUAAUGAUGUUUAUCAGUUUGGUGUAACAUAGAAUCCCUUGGAUCAAACCGUUUUGGAACAGUGCUUCGUAAUUCUACAUGAAAAGAUAGAUUUGAUUUUGCUAAAGAUGAAUCUGACAACAUCUACAAUAACAUCAGCUCCUGAACUUACUGCGACUGUAGAACGUUUCUUCUCUUGGUAUGACUACGCCAUUUUCAGUACGAUGUUGUCAAUUAGUGGUGGAAUGGGUAUUUAUUUCGGAUGUUUUGGUCAGAAACAAACCACUGCUAAAGAAUAUCUACUUGGUGGAAGAGAAAUGAAAGUUUUUCCCAUAGUAAUGUCGUUGAUAGCAAGUCACACCUCUGGAGUAACACUUCUUGCUCUUCCGUCUGAAAUAUACGUAUAUGGAGCUGCUUAUUGGUUCUGUGCAAUUUCUUUGAUGAUUGUUGCUGUUGUAACAAUUUAUGUGUACCUCCCGGUAUUUUACAAACUUCAACUGACAAGCACUUAUGAAUAUAUUGGACUGAGGUUCAAUGAGAGAUUAAGAAAAUUUGCCUCUAUUCUGUAUGCGAUUUCAGUUUUUUUAUACAUACCGAUUGUGAUAUAUAUCCCUGCGCUGGCCUUUUCAUCAGCAACUGGUGUUGAUGUCCACAUUAUUACUCCCAUCGUUUGUGGUAUAUGUAUAUUUUAUACAACUAUUGGUGGACUCAAAGCUCUCGUAUGGACAGAUACACUUCAGUUUUCCCUUACUGUGGCGGCAUUACUGUUUAUUUCUUUCCUGGGAUUUAGAGCUAAUGGAGGAGUUGGAGAAGUUUUUAAAAAAUCUUAUGAAGGAGGACGGCUGGAUGUCUGGGACUUCAAUAUAGACUUUGUUGCGAGGGAUUCCUUCUGGACGGUGGUGAUAGGUCUAUCGAUACAUUUUGUAGCAAACUCCAGCAUCAAUCAAGGAUGUACUCAAAAGUUCCUCGCCGUUGCCAAAUUGAACGACUGCAACAAGACCGUAAUAUUCUACUUUUUGGGGAUGAUUGUUGUCAAAUCUCUGUGUGUUUUGACUGGUCUCAAUAUAUAUGCAAAAUACUUCCAGUGUGAUCCGUUAUCAUCUCAGAAAAUCCAUAAAAACGAUGAGAUAUUACCAUAUUAUGUAUUGGAAGUUGGUGGUACUAUACCUGGAUUAUCGGGAUUGUUUAUUGCUGGAGUAUUUUGUGCUUCCUUGAGCACGUUGUCUGGUAGCCUCAAUUGUUUAGCGGGUACAAUAUAUGAAGACUUCCUAAAAAUGUCUCUGGAGAGAAAAGGUUUUUCAAAUGCUUCUGCAUUGAAAAUAUUGGUUGUUAUUAUUGGAACUUUGGGCACUCUGAUGGUAUAUAUUGUAGAACAUCUUGGUGGCCUCCUAGCUCUAGCAAUCGGACUCGGAAGUGUAGCACAUGGGCCUCUUCUAGGAAUAUUCACUCUGGGUGUACUUUUUCCUAGAGCCAAUGCCAAAGGUGCACUAAUUGGAGCCAUCGUCAGCGCGAUAUGUAUGGCUACUAUAAUAGGUGGAAACAGUUAUUAUAAAGCGAAUGGUUUAUUGCGGUAUCCACAUAAACCAGUGUCUGUCGAAGAAUGUGAUUUUUCUGGAAAUACUACUUCAUUCUCCAG